UCCUUCGCCAUGUCUCAAGAGAUCGAUAUCAAGCCCUCGACAUGGAAGCUUGUCGAGGUCGGCAGAGUCGUGCUGAUCCGGAGAGGCCCCCAUGCGGACAAGCUGGCUGCUAUCUCUGAAAUUAUAGAUCACAAGCGCGUCUUGGUCGACGGUCCUUCCGGCGAUGAAGACAAGGUCGUCCCACGUCAAUCCAUCCCUCUCGCCCACGUUACUCUCACAUCUCUCUGCCUCGAGAAACUUCCCCGACGUGCCAGAACCGGAGCCAUGAAGAAAUUGUGGGAGAAGUGUGAAAUUGACGCCAAAUGGGCUCAGACUGGCUACGCUAAGAAGAAGGAACAACAAGACCGACGACGCAACUUGACUGACUUCGAGAGAUUCAAGGUCAUGAGACUGAGAAAACAGGCUCGCUUUGCUGUCCAAAAAUCGCUAUCUAAAGUCCGCGCUGCUUCGUGAGGGAUAAAGGGUUGACGAUGUUCGGAGGGAUUGGCGCAUUGAAUGGAGGG